AAAAAAAAAAGUUAAUGGUUAUAAAUAUUCCAGAUCCGGCGGCGGAAAGUGGAGGAUAUGCAUGUGGAGGAGCGGCGGCCGCCGCUGUGGAAGUCUUCCGCCGACGAGGACCACCGUGGAGAAACUCCGGCGCCGCCUAUCGGACAUCUUCUUCCCCGACGACCCGCUUCAUGGGUUCAAGGAUCAGACCCGGUUCAGAAAGUUGGUAAUCGGGCUAUAGUUUCUCUUCCCUGUUUUUCAGUGGGGCCUGGAUUAUAGUUUUGAAUUGUUGAAAUCCGAUGUUGUUUCUGGGAUUACAAUUGCUGAGUCUCGCAAUUCCACAAGUUGUGUUUGUGAUUUCAACGGGUCAUCACAUGCCUCUCUUAUGCCUCUUACAAUCUGGAGCGACCGCACCACCGCCAACGACAAAAUCCAAAUAAUGUUUGAUUUAUAUUCAUCUGUAAUGGUUCUAUUGUAAUUUUUGUUAGCUGAUUGUAUUUUUGUAUUGAAAUCAACGAUGAAGAUUCUGUAAUGCAGUCGAAAUUGAACCAUCAAACCUUGGGAUUUGGUUCGGCAAGAAAAAGGUCAUCGACAUGGAACUCAUUGUUGGAUGGUGAUGGCUCCACAGUCAAAAGAGCCGUAGUUUGGCUGAAUCGACUCUUAACAACUCUUAACAGAGGCGAUGUUUCGAGUUCUGAUUCCGAAGAGGGCACGAGUACGAGCACCGGCGGCACAACGAUGGAAAGAAUCGUCGAAAAAUUGAAGAAGUUCGACUAUAAAGACGACAUCGAUGACGAGAGUGAGGGUACAAAGGGAGUGAUCGAAAAGGGGUCGAUUGAGGACAUAUUCCAUGUUGAGGAAUGAAUAUUCCCGAAUACACGAGGCGGGUUUUCGGAAAAAUCCCUGUUCGGAGACGAGAAUGUGAACUUCCCAUGGGAGAAGAAAAGAGCAGCCAAUGAAGAGAGAGGGGUAGUGUUGACAGUCGAAAGAGCCGUAGUUUGGCUGAAUCGACUCUUAACCCGUAGCGUCUCCCUCUUUUCUCCACAACCCACUCCCACAUCCACACCCACACUCUCGUUGCCCCACCGGACGACCACAUCCACACCCUCGCGGAUUUUUAUAGUGGUUUUCAAUAUUUUUACAUAAACCACUAUAAAAAUCUGUAUAAAUAAUUAUAGUGGUUUUCAAUA